AUGGCUGUUUUGGGCUUGGGCUAUUCUUGGGCCCAUCUAACUAUACUAGCGCGUCUUUUAUGCCCCCCUACUUACUGUAAUCUGCUACCGGUAGUGGACGGGUUGGGCUGUACACAGUCUAUUCCCUACGAUAUGUCGACAAUACUGAUACCAUUCCAUCACACCAGCUUGCAUUGCUCCAUCAUCUAA